UCUCCAGGAGGUGCAAACCCCGCUGCUACUGACCGAGAAGGUGCUUGUUCCCCGCACGCAAAGGCAGAAACUGGCGGAAAUUCUCAUGGAAAAACACGGGGUGACAGCCGUUCAUUUUGCCCAGAGUCCUGUUCUUGCGCUGUACGCCGCCGGUAUCUGCUCCGGCACGUCUGUAGAGAUGGGCUACAACGCAUGUCAUGUCGUCCCUGUCUUCCAGGGCUACCCGUUGUUUCACGCGACACACAUGCUUAAUGUCGGUGGAGAUUUAUGCACGCGUCAAAUGAUGUCCACCGGGCCUGAGUUGCCAGCGAUGGUGCAUCCGAAUCACCGCAUAGAUGUUUGGUCCCAUUUGAAGGAAAAGUACUGCGAGACCUGCCCGGAGGGUGCCGUGUUUCGCCAAGCGCGAGAGGAGGAGGCGGCAAACAAAGUCGCUAUUUCUAGCGGUAAUAGUGACGGUAUCACAAGUAAGUACGCGGUGCGGCAUCGGCUACCGGAUGGUACAAUCAUCACGCUUGACUCAAAUCGUUUUGUACCGGCAGAAAUGCUGAUUGAUCCUUCUCUUGUGUCAAGCGAUGUACUCAGCGGUGAUCAGUUUUUCAUUGAUAAUGUGGAGCGGCUCCGUACAUCCACAGAGCCUCACGGUCUCCCCAGGCUCAUUUUAGGGUCUUUGAACGUAUGUGACCGUGAUAUUUCGCCUCUACUAGAACGGUCGAUUCAUCUUUCCGGUGGAUGUUCCAUGAUACGUGGGUUCCCUGAGCGUUUGGACAGUGAACUCAAUACGUUUAUGCCUCAUACCUUUCAUGUUACUGCCCGCACCGAGCGUCGUCAUGCCGCCUUUGUGGGAGGCUCCAUUUUGGCGUCACUUCCGACUUUUCAGGAGUUCUGGGUGACGAAGUUGGAUUACGAGGAGUCUGGCCCGUCUGCCGUGCUGCGACGUUGUUUUUGA